CAAUGGUCCACGACUGAGCCAUGAGUGACGGGUCGAUGUUUCCGGUUGCGACCCUCUUGCGCAACCGGUUUCUCCAGCGAGGCGUAACGCCGACCCCGCCACUUCUCCCUCUCCUCUCUCUCUCGCCGUGCAGGACUUCGUGUCGGAGAUGCUCGCCGUCGGCAGCUGCCCUCGCGACCGCCUCCCCUGGCCUCACCAGGAGGCCCGAGCCGAUUACCUGGCCCGUGGGGGCUACCACGGCCUGCACGCGAUGCCCCCAUGCCCUGCCCACCGGCCCCGCUGCCCAUCCGCGCCCGCGCCCUGCCACCUCGCGCCACCAUCCUAUACGCUACCCGCUGGGAUGUCGUCCGUCGCUCAGUCGAGAGCCGGGGUCAUACGCAUGGUGGGGCGAAGAGUCAAGGACGAAAUGUUGAGCCCGGAGGAGAUGGACAGACGGCGGCAGAGGAGGGAGCGCAACAAGGUGGCGGCCGCGCGAUGCCGGAACCGGCGGCGCGAACUCACCGACAGGCUACAGGCGGAGACGGACAAACUGGAGGACGAGAGGUCGGAGCUGCAGAUAAAGAUCGCGGAGCUGAGGAAGGAGAAGGAGCGACUGCAGUUCGUGCUGGACGCUCACGAACACACGUGCAAGGUGUCGCCCGAGCGACCGCCGUCCCAGGCGAAACCCCACGACGCCGGACGGGGGCCCGGCCACAUCAACCUCAAGAGCGACGACAGCGGCGACGGCAGCGACGGCGACUGCGGCGGGGGACGCGUUGCCGGAAUCUCCGUCGCUGACGUCCACCACCACCACCACCACCACCUCGGCAUCGGAGGCGACAGCCUCGACGGCAAAAGUAAAGCGGCUGGCGAAGUUGCGCAGUGUUCGCGCGCCUCGCCGAGAGGCCUCGUUCGGCCCACGCCGGGCUUGCGGACUCAACCGGGCGGGUACGGCACCGGCAGCAGCUUACGAGCUCAGACUCACGCGGGAGCGAAGGCCGCACGCGGCCGCCCGCGGCCGGUUCCCAUGAUCGCCAUCUCGGCGAGAGACGCGGCCGAGUCGGAGGAGCCGCUGAACACGCCCCUCGUGAGCACCACGCCGUCGCUCCUGGCGGGCGCCGGCAACGGGCCGCCGGCCAGCGUGUUCACCUACCCGGCCGCGGGCACGGCCGCCCCGGUGGGGUUCCCGGGUCCGCGCCCGUGCUCGGCGGGGGCCUCGGCGGACGGGGGCUGCGCGGCGGGAGAGGGCGCCACGUGCGCCACCGCCCACCGCCGCAGCAGCAGCGGCGGCGAGCAGUCGUCCUCCGAGUCGCUCAGCUCUCCCACGCUGCUCGCGCUUUAGGCACGACCUCGCCACCUCCCGCUGGUGCU